AUGUCGGGCAAAUCCACUGGGAUCUCGGUGGCUGAGAUGCCGCCUGCAACCAUCAAGGAUCUGCAGGAGCUGAAAGUGGAACAUGAGUUUGACCUUAAUCUCCCUAGUGAGAUCGAGAAGGACUUGGACGAAGCUCUCGCGACUGGAGAUGCUGAAAUAAAAGGUCAUGUUGUCGGGGAUCUGAUGGAAGACUCUCCCUAUCCCGAGGUUCGUGCUGCAGUCCUAAACUAUGACGAAGGAGGCACUGGCAACACUAUCCGCGCCUGGACCUUGGGUCUGAUUUUUGCAACUAUCGGUUCUGGUCUCAAUGCUCUCUUUUCUCUCCACAGUCCCACGAUCUCUAUCACUUCCUAUAUUGCUGAGGUCGUUGCAUUUCCUUUCGGCAUUGCCUGGGCUCGCUUCCUUCCCAACUUCACCUUCACCCUGUUCGGCAACAAGCUUGAGUUGAACCCCGGGCCGUUCACAAAGAAGGAACAUGCCCUCAUCACUAUCAUGGCCAACGCAACCUUCGCGGGUGGGUUUGCGUAUACGCUCGAUAUCAUCACCGCGCAGCGCGGUUUUUACGGACAACGCUACGGAUGGCCCUUCGAGAUAUUCACAACGAUCUCGACUCAGACCUUGGGAUUCGGGUUAGGUGGAGUGCUGCAUCGUUUCCUGGUAGAGCCUGCUGCCAUGAUCUGGCCUUCUAACCUAGUCAACACCACCCUGUUCACAGCGAUGCACGAACGUGGGCUAAACCCACCAGACCCUGCCAAGACCGCUGGCUGGACCGUCAACCGAUAUCGCUUAUUCAUGUAUAUCAUGAUCGGCGCUUUCUGCUGGUAUUGGUUCCCGGGUCUGAUCGCCCCCUUCCUUAGUGUUUUUGCCUUUGUCACUUGGAUCAAGCCAAACAACGUUAUAAUCAAUCAACUAUUCGGCGGUGCUACUGGUAUCUCGCUGAUCCCUAUCUCUUUCGACUGGUCGAUCAUUUCGGGCUACGUCACCAGUCCCAUGAUCUCCCCCUGGUUCGCUAUUGCCAACACUCUCAUUGGUAUGGUUGCCUGGUUCUGGAUCCUGACCCCGGCACUACACUAUACCAACGUCUACUACGGAAAAUUCUUACCGAUGUCCGACUCAAAUAGCUAUGAUAACACUGGUGGGGUUUACAACGUUACUCGUAUCUUGACAUCCGAAUACACCUUCGACCUGGCAAAGUAUGAGAGCUAUUCCCCGCUUUUCUUGUCCACCACUUUCGCACUAUGCUACGGUCUCUCUUUUGCUGGUCUAGCCGCUGUCAUUGUCCACGUAAGCUUAUUUCACGGGAAGGAGAUAUGGCACCGCAUGCGGGCGGCUGGACAAAAGCACGAGGAUAUUCACUCUCGCCUAAUGGCUAAGUAUGACUCGGUACCUGUGUGGUGGUAUGUGAUCGUUCUUGUUAUCAUGGCAGCUAUAGGAUUGGCAGUUGUCCUUUCCUAUCCCACUCAUAUGUCUUGGUGGGCAUUCUUCGUCUCUCUCAUCAUUGCCUUGGUUUGGACCCUGCCUAUCGGCAUGAUCCAGGCCACCACCAACAUCCAGCUCGGCCUGAACGUCAUUACUGAGUUUAUUGUCGGCUACAUCCAGCCUGGCAAGCCGAUGGCAAUGAUGCUUUUCAAAACAUACGGUUACAUCUCUAUGUCUCAGGCGUUAUACUUUUGCCAAGAUAUGAAGCUUGGUCACUACAUGAAGCUUCCCCCACGUGUGACCUUCUGGGCACAGAUGGCUUCGUGCAUCUGGUCUUCAGCUGUCCAAGUGGCAGUGGUGAACUGGGCGUUUGGUAGCAUCACCGACAUUUGCUCUCCGACCCAGUCAAACAAAUACACCUGCCCGAACGGACGCGUAUUUUUCAACGCCUCAGUUAUCUGGGGUGUCAUCGGCCCUAAGCGCAUGUUCUCGGUCGGCCAGAUGUACGCAACCCUUCAGUGGUUCUGGCUUGCUGGUAUCGCCCUGCCUGUUCUAAUCUGGCUCGCCGCUCGCAAAUGGCCGCAAAGCCGGGCUAAGUUCUUGAACGCUCCCGUCAUUUUCAGCGGCACUGGCAUGAUUCCCCCUGCUACCCCACUCACCUACCUUGUCUGGGGCACGGUCGGUUUCGUAUUCAACAAGUAUAUCCGCAACCGCUGGCGCGGCUGGUGGAUGGAGUACAAUUAUGUUGUAUCCGCUGGGCUAGAUGUUGGCACUGCUUUGUGUCUGAUUGUUAUGCUCUUCGCUAUCAGUCUGAGCAAGUCCUCUUUCCCGAGCUGGUGGGGUAAUGAUCAGGCCCUUGCGACCAUGGAUUACACCGAUACUGCCAUUCAGGUUGUCUUGCCUGAGGGUCAGACCUUUGGCCCGAAGAUGUGGUGA